AUGCCAGUCGGACACUCACCGCCCAUACCUUUAGUGAAUCCUGAAGAUGAAAAUGUGAUUCCACCGUUACCAUCACCCACACGAAGUGAAAGUGAAUCUUUUCGUGGUUUUCAGGAUUCGGAAAUAGCAGCUGAUGCCGCCACCACGAAGGAACUGACCGGACUUUUCCGACAGCGAAGCCAGGUACACCGCAAAUUGGUGCGGUUACAUUCGACUUUCCGAGACGUCCGGCAUUUCGAAUUGGCCCAGCUUAACGUUAUGAGCAGCAAACUUGCCAAUGCUUAUGCCGAGUUUAACAGCAUCCAAAACCGCAUAAUGGCGCUCGUUCCGGAUGAAAAAGUGGCAGAACAGGAAAGAGCCUGCGACGCUUUUGAAGAUCUACAUGAUUACCUCUCCACGGCAAUUGAAGGAAUAAUAAUCCAGAUGAAAAAUGAUGCUAUUCUGCCACCCACCGCACCGCAAGUUGUAAUUCAACAGCAACCAUUGAAGGCACCGAUUCCUACCUUCGAUGGGAUGUAUGCAAAUUGGCCAAAAUUCAAAGCAGUUUUCCAGGACCUAAUGGCCAACUCAGCAGACACCGAUGCAAUAAAAUUGUACCACCUGGACAAGGCUCUUGUGGGUGCGGCGGCUGGAGUUUUGGAUGAAAACAUCAUCAGCGCUGGUAACUAUCAGCAAGCAUGGGCUGUGCUGACAGAGCGAUACGAAAAUCAACGUGUCAUCGUCGAGUCACACAUAAGAGGAUUGCUCCAACUCAAAAGGAUGUCAGGUGAGUCAUAUAAGGAUUUGCGAGCCCUUUUAGAUGAGUCUACACGUCACGUAGAAAGCCUCCGGUAUUUGAAUCAGCAGCUCAUCGGCAUUUCGGAGCACAUGGUUGUUUACACCAUUACGAAUGCACUGGACAAAGCGACGCGCAAGGCUUGGGAAUCAACUCUUAAACGAGGUGAAUUGCCUAAGUAUGAGUCGACCAUCGCUUUCCUUAAAACCAGAUGCCAAAUUUUGGAAAACUGCGAGACUUCUACACCAGUUGCACCGACGCCAGUCCCCAAAUCGAAGUUCGUCACAGUAGUACCGAAGGCACCAAUCCAGAAGAGUUACGCUACUACGACGGUCAACACGAAUCAGGCAGAAAUGUGUGAGCUUUGUGGUGGUGCGCAUUUCAACUACCAGUGUGCCACGUUGAAGAACUUGAAUGCAUCCCAGAAGAGUGAGAAGAUUCGAGCAGCGGGUGCAUGUUUCAACUGCCUGCGCAAAGGCCAUCGAUCGAACAGAUGUCCAUCCAACAACAGCUGCAGAAAGUGUCAGAAGCGUCAUCACACUAUACUCCACGAUGAUAGUGCCGAAGGGUGCAGCCAGGAUGGACGUACGAAGGUACCCACCCAGCAGGUACCAGAAUCGGCUAACGUUGCGACUCCAGUUCCUGUUUUGAAUUCGAGCACUGCUCCUAAAGAAGAUCCACCAGUUUCGACAGCCUGUUCAUGCAACUAUGGGCAGUCAUCAAAGAUAGUGCUGCUACUAACUGCAAUAGUACACGCCAUUGAUCGACAUAAUCAGCCACAUGAGUGCCGUGUGUUGCUCGACAGCGGUUCUCAGGUAAAUUUCGUGUCCGAGAAAAUGGCAGACAUCCUUGGGAUUCCUAAGAAACGAGCCAAUGUUGCAAUUACCGGCAUAAACGCCUUGAAAACGCUUGCUCGAGACAAGGUUUUCGUGAAAUUCUGUUCCCGUUAUGAAGAUUUCCAUGCCAACAUCGAAUGUUUGGUUACACCAAAGGUGACGGGCACAAUUCCAUCUGUCAAGAUUGACGUCACCGAAUGGAACAUCCCCCAAGGGAUUCAUUUAGCCGAUCCUGAGUUCCAUAAGCCUGAGAAGAUCGACAUGCUAGUCGGAGCUGAGCUGUUCUUCGACUUGCUGAAGCCAGGUUGUAUUACUCUCGCCGACAACUUGCCACAAUUACGAGACACUCACCUUGGAUGGGUGGUCGCCGGAGUGAUAAACGAUGCCAUCGUAUCCAACGUAGCCAUUCAACAAUCCAAUGUCGCAUCCAUUGCCCGUGUGGAAAAGUUGAUGCACCAGUUCUGGAGUGUUGAAGAAGUUCCCGAUGUUACGCCGCUGUCUGUAGAAGAGCAGUCAUGUGAAACACAUUUCCUUUCCACUCACAAUCGCAAUCCAAAUGGACGAUUUGUCGUUAGCCUACCUCUGAAGGAAAAUGUUAACCAGAUUGAUGAUUGUCGUGCCUUAGCUUUGAAGCGAUUCCUGAUGCUUGAAAAACGGCUGCAGCGUGACGCCGUACUUCGAUCCCAGUAUGUUGAUUUCAUUCGCGAGUACGAGGCUCUUGGACAUUGUCACGAAGUGAAGGAGUCCAAUGAUCAAUCCAAUUGGGCAAUGUACUAUAUGCCACACCACGCCGUUCUUCGCCCACAUAGCUCCAGCACCAAGUGUCGUGUGGUGUUCGACGCAAGCGCCAAGUCAUCGUCACCAAAGCUAUCGCUCAAUGAAGUACUCAAGGUUGGUCCCAUUGUUCAGAGGGAUCUGUUUUCCAUCAUGCUGAGUUUCCGGAAGCAUGCUGUUGUCUUUUCGGCGGACAUAACAAAAAUGUAUCGGCAAAUACUUGUGGCCCCGGAAGACACGUGCUACCAGAGAAUAUUUUGGAGAGAGCAGCCAACUCAACCGCUACGUGUUUUAGAAUUGGAUACUGUCACGUACGGCACAGCAUCCGCUCCAUAUCAAGCCACCCGAUGUUUGCUCCAGCUCGCUGAAGAUGAGUCAGCAGACUUUCCCAUUGGUGCUCGUAUCGUAAAAGAGGAUUGUUAUAUCGACGACGUGUUAUCUGGUGCGGAUACCAUCGAGGAAGCCAUUGAAUGCCAUCGCCAAUUAAAGCAGAUGCUCGCCCGAGGUUGUUUUCCCGUGCACAAAUGGUGCUCCAACUCGGAUGAGUUUAUGCAGUGUAUUCCAGUCGAAGAACGUGAAAAGCAGUUCACCUUGCAGGAAUAUGGUGCCAACGAAGCAAUAAGGGUUCUUGGCUUACUGUGGGAUCCGAAUAACGAUCAGCUUCUCAUCGCUCAUCAAAAUCAACAAUUGUCAACGCCGGCUCAACCAGCGACCAAACGGAUCAUAUACUCCGAGAUUGCAAGGUUUUUUGAUCCAUUGGGAUUGUUCUCACCGGUGAUCGUGGUCGCCAAGAUUCUGAUGCAGCAGCUAUGGAAGACCAACGCAGGAUGGGAUGACAUCCUGAAUGAACAAUUCCAACAACAAUGGCGACUGUUGCAAGAAUCUCUGCCUCAUCUAAAUUUUAUUCAGGUACCACGAUGUGUGACUUUUCCGAAUGCCGUGGCCUACGAACUUCAUGGGUUUGCUGAUGCUUCUGCCGUUGCGUAUGGUGCCUGCAUUUACGUGCGCAGUAUUUCCGCCGAUGGUUCGGCACAAUUGAAACUACUCAGCAGCAAAUCAAAGGUUACACCACUGCAUGAAGUAACCAUCCCGAAGAAGGAAUUGUGUGCUGCUCUACUGCUAACUCGCCUGCUGGAAAAGGUACUACAAGCCAUACAGAUGACGUUCCGAGAAAUUGUUCUCUGGUCCGAUAGCACAAUCGUCCUGGCCUGGCUGAAGAAGCCUGCCGAUCGUCUGCAAGUUUUUGUGCGAAAUCGCGUGGCAGAGAUCCAGAGAAUCACCGGAAACUUCAAGUGGUGUUACGUUCGUUCGGGAAGCAAUCCAGCUGACGUGGUAUCGCGAGGUCAGUUACCGGAACAAUUACUCAACAACGAACUAUGGUGGAACGGCCCCGUGUUACUUAGAUCAACCUACUACGAAUUAGAAGAUCCAGAAGAAGUUCCUGAUCAGCUGCUUCCAGAGAUGAAAUUGGUCAUCGCUACGCCAGCUGUGAAGGUCGAACUCUUUCCGUUUGUAACUAAAUUCAGCAACUUUCGCAAGGUACAACGCAUCAUGGCAUAUGUUUUGAGGUUCGUCAACAAUUGCCAGCAGAAGCAUUUCCUCGAUCGUAUUCUCACUCCUUAUUUGACCAUCCGAGAAUUGCAGCGCUCGACGGAGGUGCUCAUCAAGAUUUCCCAGCACGUUCAAUUGGCACACGAAUUUGAACGCCUUCAGUCCAAUAAAAAUUGCAAGCGAAUCGGAAAUCUUCGUCCAUUCAUCCGAGAUGGCUUGCUCCGAGUCGGAGGCCGACUCAUGCACUCCAAGUUGCCAUAUGCAUCAAAGCAUCCAAUCAUAUUGCCCGACAAGGAUCCCAUCACGACGAUGCUAAUCAGGACGAUGCACAUCGAGCUGCUUCAUCCGGGCCAAUCGGUGCUCAUCAACGCAAUUCGACAGCGGUACUGGCCGCUCAAGGCUCGUUCUACUGUGAGGCAGAUUACUCGCAAAUGCGUAAAAUGCUUUCGUGUGAGACCGGGAGCCACAACGCAGCUGAUGGGGAAUCUUCCGCAAUCACGAAUCGUGCCAUCUCCACCAUUCGCAGUGACUGGUGUGGACUACGCUGGUCCUUUGUUGGUAAAGCAAGGAACCUAUCGUCCCAAACUCGUAAAGGCGUAUGUAGCAGUGUAUGUUUGCAUGACCACCAAGGCCGUACACCUCGAAGCGGUUUCUGAUCUGACGACGGAUGCGUUCCUAGCAUCACUCAGACGCUUCAUCAGUCGUAGAGGAUUGGUACAGCAGUUGCAUUCUGAUAAUGCAACCAACUUUAAGGGAGCGAACCACGAGUUGAACCAGCUGUAUCAUCUUUUUCGAGAUCAACAGAUGUUCGAUCAAGUUCAGCAGUUUUGCGCAGCACGUGAAAUCGAGUGGCAUUUCAUCCCUCCUGACGCCCCUGAAUUUGGCGGACUGUGGGAAGCGGCAGUGAAGUCGGCAAAAACUCACCUGAAGCGAGUCGUCGGUAAUGCGCGGUUAACGUUUGAAGAAUUGGCAACUAUUCUCACGGAAAUAGAAGCCGUGUUGAAUUCUCGCCCUCUAUUCAGCAUCUCCACCGAUCCAGCUGAUCCACAAGUGAUUACACCAGCACAUUACCUGAUAGGUCGUCCGCUCAUCACACCAGCCGAGCCGUCUCUGGAAGACAUCAAAGCCAACCGUUUGAGUCGAUGGCAGCAUUUGCAGCUCAUGCGUGAGCACUUUUGGCGUGCUUGGAGACGGGAUUAUCUCAACACGUUGCAGCCACGGAAAAAGAAUCUAAGAAUGAUGCCGAAUCUACGCCCCGGAAUGGUUGUUCUUCUCCACGACAAGACACAGCCACCUUUAAACUGGAAGCUGGGACAUAUCACCGCUGUCCACCCUGAUGCUGAAGGCCUAGUUCGAGUAGUGGAUAUUUUUGUCGAUGGUUCUACUUUCCGCCGUCCGGUCAACAAGCUUUCCGUUCUUCCCAUCGAAGACAACUCCAUCGCAUCUCCAUCCGACGACGAAUCUGUUGUCACGUAG